AUGCCUGAACCCGAGUUAGAUAGCGUAUUAAUUGCGGCACAGUUAGCGCGCUUCUGCCCUACAUCACUAUCAUUCGAUAAUUUAAAUAUCUCGUGCUUCAAGGAGUCGAAGAAGAAAACAAAAUAUGAAAAAAAUAAUGAGCAUAAUAACAUUGAAUAUAUACCACCGAAGCCUAUCCAACGCAACAAUAACAAUAAUACAGAAAAGAACAAUAUCAGCAAUAACAAAUCCAAGUUUUCAUUUUUAUUAAAGAGCAAGAAGCAAGAAAACACACAUACUGCACUAAGCAAGUUUGUUUAUGAGCUUCCGAAUAUAAAGAAAGUAUCUACACCCAUCAAAUCCAAUAAAUCUCUCAUGGUCAUUUCAUUAUCGGUCGGCGACUUAAAGUCUAUUGAUACACCAAUCAUAAAAGGAGCCAAUCAAGUUAAUUCUAUGAAUGACUAUUCUUCAGACUCAGAAGAUUAUUAUUCUGAGUCAGAUUGA